AUCCAGUCUCAAAAUUGGACAGCGUGAAACUGGUGAAACCAGUGAAACGACGCGAAGACGUUAACGCGUUGGUCCGAUUGUUUCAACCCCUUCAACGUUGGCCUGUCUUCGUUUCCGAGGGCUUCAGAACCCUGAAAGGAGUUCGAGCAGACGUUCUGAUCGCUCACUGGUCCGAUCUGUUCGGCACGUUCCUGGCCUGUGAGUGGUGCUCGGUGUUUUUCCGACGUUACGUCAGGAGUAACGUUGGUCAGGGCCGACACCAUGGGCAUUAGCUUCGACGGACUCGGCGACGAGGGACCGGGCUUCGUGGGAAUCAAGUUCUGUCAGGAGUGCAACAACAUGCUCUAUCCAAAGGAGGACAAGGAAAACCGGGUGCUUCUCUAUGCGUGUCGAAACUGCGACUACCAACAGGUGGCCGACAACAACUGCAUCUACGUCAACAAGAUCACGCACGAAGUCGACGAGCUGACCCAGAUCGUGUCGGACGUGGUGCACGACCCGACACUGCCGCGCACCGAGGACCACACGUGCCCCAAGUGCUCGCAUCGGGAGGCCGUCUUCUUCCAGGCACAGUCCCGCAGGGCAGAGGAUGAAAUGAGGUUGUACUACGUGUGCACCAACACCAACUGCACCCACCGCUGGACUGAGUAGCGCCCCUCGGGGUGUAUUCACUGGAUACAAUGACCUGAAAAGCUUGGCAACAGAGUACUGGGACACUCCUGGUUUCGGGCUGCAACCGAGCGGGGCAGGCACAUGUUGUACAAGCUGUUACAAGUUCUCCAUGUAGAAGGCGCUGCUGCACGGACCCAGGAUGCCCAUUCAGUCUUUGAAGCACCUCAGCUCCAGAGUAGAACCAAGUGUCUAUUGAGUGUACAAUAAACAAAGCUGUUACGCAUUCCUGCACCAAAA